AUGGCCAAAAAACUGACAUGCAAGCAGUGCGAUGAGAAAAAGCCGACCUGCACCAAUUGUCGCCAGCAUGCAGUCAUCUGUGAUUAUGCCACCGAAUCAACUGCACCAUCACGACCUUCGCGUGGACAAUAUCGCUUCAAACAGUCCAAAUAUGAAAUCCAGGUAGACCCAUCAACCACAGACAGCAGCAUACAGUCAUCCAGUCCAGGACCGACUCCUCCUCCCCCUCUAGAGAGCAUCUCCCUAGCAGACCUGCACCUUUUCCACCACUACGUCACCUCCAUGGCCAGCACAGUAACAGACGGACAAGACCACAAACACCUAUGGGACAUCCACGUCCCACAAUGGGGCUUCGCCUUCCCAUCCAUCCUGCAUCUCAUCCUUGCGCUCUCUGCUCUGCACCUGGCGCACCAGCACCCGGCCCUGCGUGCCCAGUACCGGAACCAGGCAGAUGCCCACUUCACCUUCGGCGUCCGCUCCGUGACCACCGUGCUGGCCAGCCUGAACGAGGACAACUGCCAGUACAUCUACAUCUCAGCCGUGCUGAUCUGCCUCGUGUACUUCGGGCAUGGUCCGCGCACAGGCGAGUUCCUCGUUUUCAGCGAGACAGGGCAGGCAGAGUGGCUUGUUCUCAUGCGCGGGGUGAGAUCGAUUCUGGAGUCGAGGCGCGCGGAGAUUUUUUCGGGCGUGUUGGAGCCUGAGGAGCUGGAGGGGGCGGCUCAGGUUAGCGAGGAGCUGGCGGAGGAGCUGGAGCGUCAUAAGGGGCGGAUCCGGGAUGUCCAGCUGUUGAUCCGUGCGGAGACGGAUGACGGAGUAAUCAAAGAGAUGUACGAUUCUGCUCUGGAGGGUCUGCGAGAGACCUUUGACGAGGUAUAUCGGAUGAGAGCUGCUGGGAAGCACGGGGUGAAUCUGAUGCAUUUGGUCAUUGGGUGGUUGUAUCGGCGUCCGGAAGGGUUUGUCGGGCAGCUUGAGGCAAAGGAUCCGCUUGCGCUGGUUGUCCUCGCCUACUGGGCUAUUCUUCUCAAGUAUAUGCAGUCAUCAUGGCUGAUGAAGGGCUGGGAUGAGCAUGUUCUGGCGGGGAUCCAGGCUUCGCUGCCAGAGGAGCAUCGGAGCUGGAUCCGGUGGCCGGUAGAGUGUAUUUUCGGGGAUAGGCAGACUGUUAUCGCUGAGCUUUCAUAG